AGGGUUUGAAAAGUUAUCGAUAAAAAUGUUUUCUUCAAUGAAUUCUAGGGUUUGAAAAGUUUAUUGCUUCGAGUCUCAUGAAAACCUGACAUUUUUUUUCUUUUUAUUUACCUUUAACAAACAAAUCUCUGUUUGUUUGCCCAGAAAGGUAGAUUGUUUUUUGGAUUUGACGUAUUGUGUAUCAGAAAGAUGCUACCACUUUCUCUUCUCAAGACUGCACAGGGGCAUCCUAUGUUGGUGGAACUUAAAAAUGGGGAAACAUACAAUGGGCAUUUGGUGAAUUGUGAUACUUGGAUGAAUAUCCAUCUUCGUGAAGUCAUAUGUACCUCAAAGGAUGGAGAUAGGUUUUGGAGAAUGCCAGAAUGCUACAUUCGGGGGAAUACCAUUAAGUAUCUUCGAGUUCCAGAUGAGGUAAUUGAUAAAGUUCAGGAGGAGACUAAAAGUCGUGCAGAUAGAAAACCACCUGGGGUAGGACGUGGAAGGGGCAGAGGUAGAGAGGAUGGUCCUGGCGGGAGGCCGGCAAAAGGUGUUGGGCGUGGCAUAGAUGAUGGAGGUGCCAAAGGCAUGGGUGGAGGCCGGGGCAAGGGUGGGUCCAGUAGCAAGCCUGCUGGUAAUAGAGGUGGAGGACGUGGUCGUGGCUGAUAUAAUUGACACCGCCAUAAAAGCAUAUUGGAGCAGAUUUGCACUGUUAGAGGCACUCUGUGCUUCUGUGGGCCAGAAUGUGUUGUGUGAAGAAAAAGGUUGUUCUUGAGGAGUAUAUUAUUGUUCUUCUCUCUCCUUGCGUGAUUCGUAUCUGUUCUUAGUUAUCUCAUUACUGGUUUAUUCGUGUCUUCUUUUCUGUCUUUGAUGAUUGUGAAAGUUUCCGUUUUGUAUAAUUUGUAGAUCCAUCUUUCUAUUUGUACUUGUGCAAUGUCAUCAGAGGACUUCUGAAUGAUUAUCUUUCAUUUGUUUAUCAUUUUGACAUCUAAAUCCCAAUUAAAUAUCCAUUUAUCAACUUCA